CCCCGGCCCGGGCGUGCGGGGAGCGGAGCCGAGCGGAGCGGGCGGCGGCUUCGGCCGCGCUCGGGCCCGGCCACGCUGGCUCCCGGGGAUCCUCCCGAGAUGCCGGUGCGGAGCGAGCGGUGCUGCGCUGGCAGGGCGGCGGCGGGUUCGGCCUCUUCACCGCCCUCCGGGGCGGCCGCCAGCAGCCUGGUGCCGCCGCCUCCUAUCAACACGGCACAGCCCGGCGUGGCCACCUCGCUCCUCUACAGCGGCGCCAAGUUCCGCGGGCAGCAACGCAGCAAGGGCAAUGCCUACGAGGUGGAAGUCGUCAUGCAGCAUGUGGACAUGGAAAACUCCUAUCUCUGUGGAUACUUGAAGAUUAAAGGCCUUACAGAGGAGUACCCAACCCUCACCACGUUCUUUGAAGGUGAAAUAAUCAGUAAAAAACACCCUUUCCUAACGCGCAAGUGGGAUGCUGACGAGGAUGUGGAUCGUAAGCACUGGGGGAAGUUUCAGGCUUUUUACCAGUAUGCAAAAACAUUUAAUUCUGAUGACUUUGAUUAUGAGGAUCUGAAAAAUGGGGACUAUGUGUUCAUGAGAUGGAAGGAACAGUUCCUAGUCCCAGAUCACACUAUCAAAGACAUCAGUGGUGCUUCCUUUGCUGGUUUCUAUUACAUCUGCUUCCAGAAGUCAGCAGCAUCUAUAGAGGGCUAUUACUACCAUAGGAGUUCAGAAUGGUAUCAGUCAUUGAAUUUAACUCACGUUCCUGAGCACAGUGCUCCUAUCUAUGAAUUCCGAUGACAGCUGCCCGGAGAUGAUAGCGCACGGAAGCAAAGCGGGCAGGGGAGCAUGGCCUGCCAGGAGAACUGUGUCCCUGUCGGAGCACGGGAAUGCACGCUUCUCUCCUGCCCCUUGGACUCGCCAGAGAGAGCCUGAAUUGUUAACCCGCCCAGCCCAAGGACCGUGGCUGCUGGAGCUUGUUUCUCCCUCCUAUCGAGUGGCGAUUCGAUCUUUAAUCUGGUUUUAAGCUACCUUUAAAUGCACUUCCUUAUUGCACAGCUAGUUUCUCUGUCACUGAAGUUCCUCCUGGCUCUCCUCUGGAAGCUGUGUUUUAGUAGCUGGAAUCAGUGAUCUGUCCUCUGAGUAAUAAGAAAAUAUAAGCUCAGUGCUUAUAUUUUCAUUGUUACAGCCUGAUAAUGGGUUGAAAUCGCCAGGACUCGGGUUUGGUGCCCAGAUUGCCAGCUCUGAUGCUCCUAGAGCUGGGCCCAGCGUGGGAGGUUUCAGCUGCAGUCUUUUUUUGGGGGAGUAUUGACUGGGACAGAUAAGGCUUGAAUGAGUCUUCGCUUUGCGCUGGCUAACCAGGUUAGCCAGGGCUGCAGUCCUUUCAGGAACGCCAGGCUUUUGGAGCUGGGGAGCCAUUCCCAUGUCUGGAUACACCACUGGGAAUUAAUUUGAUGCGUGGACUUGCAGGCUCUCAGUAAAGCGGAUCUGAACUCUGCUUGUAGGUGUACAUUUGCUCUUUACUUAAGGGUGAGGAAAAAAAAAAAAAAAGACAAAAAAAGGAGAAACAAACAAACAAACAAAAAAAGACUUUUAUUUAAAAAAAAAAAAAAAAAAAAAUCUAUAUUUUUAUGGCUCCUUUUCCAAAGGACCCUAUGGCAAAUGCACAAGUACUCGAUUACAUUGUACUGUUUUCACAUUGAAAACUGGGAAUGUUGGCGUUAGUUUUUUAUAUCCAUGUGUCUAACCAGCUGGCUGCUUUGGAGAAAGGGACAGGGAGGGCGCAAGGGGCAGCUCUGGGGACCGUUCAGUAUUUGUAACUCGCUCUUUGUGCUUCACCACACCACUGCUUGACACCUUUUUACAAGGGAAAAAAAGGCAAAAAAAAAAAGAGCUCAACCCCUCCCUACCCCCAACCCUCCCCUGCCCCCCCAGUAGCUCUCUUCUGACUUUGAAACGUUUCAAGUGACAUAACUUAAGGCUCGUGUGCCAAAGUGUGUGUGUGUGUGUGUAUGUGUGUGGUUUCUGGUUUCUUUUUUGAAAGACAUUUUAAAAGUUGGCCUUGGUUGUAUAUUUAAUGUGACACUCCCACCCGUGGGGCUUUUGUCAGAGUUUUAGUUUGCCUUUUUGUUUUUUUUCUCUCUCUCUCUCUCUCUCUCUCUCUCCCCUGGCUGUUUUAAAAACAAGCCCCUUAAAAGCAGGCUCGUGGCAGAGGAAAGCGAAGCCUCCUCAUGCCUGUUGCCAAGGUGGUUUGGGUUUUCUUUGUUUUAAUUAACUUUCUUCCUUUUGGCAGCUUGUUUGUCUGGUUUAUUGCAGCUGAAUUGCUAGUUUAAGCCUUAAUGAGAAAGAAUUUGGGUCUUGGUGAGCCCACUUCCUCUAUUCCAAGUUGGGAUCUUGUGUGAUGGGAGAAAUGGCUGGGCUGGGAGAUGAUGUGGGAAUGGCUUGCCUCGUGGCUGAAGCCUUCUGCCCAUUAAAUGUAGAAAGACCUGCUUAUGGGAGAAGGGGAGUCCUGGCCCUUUCACAGGGCAGGAGCCCAAUUGCCAUGAAGGAAGCCUGUGCCCUUGUCUUGGACGUUGUGAGUGGAUUCAUAGGGCAGUCUGAAGGCAAGAGGAAAAGUGAUUUGAGGCAUAAAGGGAGAGCAGCAGCAGGCAGAGCAGUUGGGAAGUGGAUUCCUGUUUUAUCCUGCUCCUCUUGGAGAAACUCGAUGGUGGGCAGAGGGGUUUCCUCACAGGCAGUGCUGGGAGAUGGCCUGGUUUUAAAGGCAAAAGCUGGUGGUGCUGCUUCACCCAAGCACUGGGGUGAAGCCUUCUCCCAGGUGCUGAGUGGGUGUGAGGCUCUUGCCAACCCUCCAGAGCCAUCUGUGUGCAAUCCUGGUGGUGGCUCUGGUCUCCUCGCGCUCCCCAGAGCUGUCGGUGCCAGCGAGACACUCGGAUUUGUGACGAGGUUUCAUAGCAUUAACACUGUGGUUGUUGGCAGAAGCUGGGUUAGGAGGGUGCUGGAGUUGUUCAAUAUGUAUAACGACCCCUAAACCCCUGAAGUUUUCCUUUGAGACUUGAUAUGUUGUGAGAAGGGUGGGGAGGGAGCAUCCUGCUCUCUGCCUGUCUCCUUCCCACUGUCCUGAAGCUGAUUUUUGCCUGAAAUGCAGAACUGUUGGGGCAGUGCUGCCCUGUGGGACGAAUGUGUUAGGGACAGAGCAGGUUGUACAGGCUGUCGGUGUUCAGAGCUUCCCUCCUCUAGAGCCUUUGUUUUGGUUUCCUUUCUCUUUGAGCUGUUUGAGUUAAGGAGAGCUGUUACGUAUGUCGCGGUGUGGCGAGAGAGAGCUGACCGUGGUGUGGAGGUAAGAAAAGGGGGGCAUUUGGUCUCGGCAGAGGUUGUGAUGUCUCUUUCUAACCAUGCUGGCUGCAGGAGGGGUGUGCAUGUGGGCAGAUGGAGCAGGGGCUUUGCGGAGUGUUAACGUCCAAAUUAAACAUGAAAUGUAUUC